UCGAGCGCAACGUCCUAUUUCAUCAUGGUGAUAACAGCUUCCCAGUCAUUUUCUUAGAAUUCAUGGAUCGAUCCCCAGUCAAACAGCCAGCACGCGGAGCAGUAAGGAGAUUAUCUGUAAUUGCCGCGUUCCUCGGAGGCAGCGAUAGGCGGGCAGUGACUUGGUAGAAUAAUGAACACAAUAAUAUUACGGGACAGAAAUAUUUUCAGUUUCAGUCAACGCCAGUGGAGGCUGUCGCUAGGCUUGUUUGUUGUACACGUCGCUGUGUUUGUUUGUUGUUGCAUAUCUGGUGAGCUGACAGUGACAGUUGUUGCGUUUUAAGGGACGCUCGUAGGCUAUAUCGGAUGUUCAUUAACACGGACGCAGUAUUGGUCAACAGCGUAUUACGAGUAAUUUUAGUUUAAAGUGAAACAUUGGUGCAAAGAACUGAAAAGUGCUUCUGAAGACAGCGGCGCGCAUGUCUGCAUUUUUCUUUUAUAUUUUGUCUUAUAAUCUCAACUUUUCUUGUUGAUGUUUAUUUAUUUUUUUUACAUAGAAACGGUUUGCGCUUUUUUUCCCACAGGAUUGAUGCCCUUAAAAAUACCAGGUUACUUGACAUUUUUACAAAGUUGAGCAACUUGGGAGAAGAUUACCAGCAAAAAAAAAAAAAAAAAAAAAAAAAAUUUCUGGAAAUUUAUUAUAGAGAGUCUCUUUUUAAAAAGAUUUUAGGAGAAUAUAGAAAGUAGGGAACUGUUGUAGAAGUAUAUCAGUGCAUCAUAGAUGGUACAAUACAAUACAAGACACAUGGAAGUUUCUUGUGAAUAUUUCACCAGAGGUUGCCAGGAGAGAAUGAAACUGUCAUCUUUACAGAGGCAUAUGAAGGAAUGUAGGUGGAGACCAAUACAGUGUAGAAACCAGGGCUGCGGAGCUAUGGUGAGUUUAAAUGCAUUGGAGGAACACGAAUCCACAUGGUGCUCGUUUCGCCCUCAAGGAUUUUGCCAGAAGGGAUGCCAACUGCCCCUGAUGCCAAAGAAUUCAGAAAAUCACGACUGCCUACAAGCGUUACGAAAUCAUGUGACCAGUCAAGAAUUGGAGCUUCGUUCUGCAAAAAACCAGCUGCGGAAACUUACGACAAAUUAUGGCAAACGAGAAAAGAUGCUACUUGGACAGAUUGCAGAGCUGCAUAGUGAGUUGAAAUUCCAGGUGGAACACUUUCAGAAGAGAUUAGUGGAUUGCAAAAGUCAGCUGUCAUCUUUAUCAACUUACAGUCUGUCAUGCUUACAGCCAACAGAGGAAAAUAUUACAGUAAUAUUGGAGAGGAAGAAUCAUUCACUGGGAUUCAACUUGAUGGGUGGAUUCACACCUGAAGGUGGAGCCAGUUGUGGUCUGGUGGUUUCCAGGGUGACCAAAGGGGGUCCAGCAGACAGGAUGGGGCUACUGCUACAUGACCAGAUCCUCAAGGUAAAUGGACAGGACUUGUCCAAGGCAUCGCACGAAGAAGCUGUGGAGGCAUUUCAUGGUGCCCAGGAGCCGAUCAUAGUGGAGGUUCUAAGGAGAGUGAACAAAAACAGUAACAACAUCAGUAACAGUAGCAGUAACAGCAGCCAGAUGAGGAAUAGGUCGCCCACGCUCGUGUCUGUUGGCACGCAGACAGAUGUUGAUGGGUCUGAUACCAGCAGUUACUAUGGUUCAUGUAGGCCGCCUACACCACCACCAAAUCUCUUGGACUUUCAGCGAUAUGGAUUGUACCAGCCCUCAUCCCGCCAGCCAGUGGCCUUCUCUCCCAGCGCUGACCUCGGCCUCACGGACAUUGAGAUGGCCCAUGGCAUGGACUUCUUUGAUCAGUACGAUGACGAUCCUGGUUACGAACUAGAAUAUGAG